CUAAAGAGUAAAUAGGUAUCUUCACAAGACAGCCUUAAGAUUCCAAAAGUUGAUACCAACAAAAUCAAAUCAGGUCCACUUGACAGAGAAUCUUGCACAUCGCAUCAAUGGCUCUUCCUUUUCGCCAACAUUCUCUAGCUCCCAUUGCAGCAACGCCCACAUUUUCAAAAUUCAAUCUUUUUCCCCAAAAUGUCCUUCGUACACUCUCUUCUCGCCUGAGUUUUCCCAAGUUUCCCGACUGUCGUCAUUUUCAGAGUUCGCCUCCAACCCAAUUUACCAAAGAUUACCGGAAACCCAUUUCGCAGAAUGGCUCUCUCUACUCACCUUUAGUUGUCAAAUGCAGCGACCACGAUGAGCCUCACUCAACUAUCGUGUCUUCUGAGUUCGUCAAAGAUGAAAAGUCGGAGACUUUAGAAAAAAUGGAUGAUUUGGAGAUUACCCACGAAACGAAGAAGGGAAAGAGUUUUUGGGCUGCCGUUAGUUUGAUCAUCGGAACAGCCGUUGGUCCAGGAAUGCUCGGCCUCCCAGCUGCAACUAUCAGAUCUGGUUCUAUCCCAUCGACCAUUGCUUUACUUUGUUCUUGGGUUUACGUCAUUUCCUCUAUUCUUCUCGUGGCUGAGCUCAGCUUUGCAGCAAUGGAAGAAGACAAUGCAGCAGAGGUUAGUUUCACAGGACUUGCAACUAAAUCCUUUGGGAACAAAUUUGGAGUUUUCGUGGCUUUUGUGUAUGCUUCACUAAGUUUCUCUUUGAUGGUUGCUUGUGUCUCGGGUAUUGGCUCCAUUGUGUCUCAAUGGUUUCCUUCAAUGAAUCCAUUUUUGGCCAAUGCUAUAUUCCCUCUAGUUUCCGGAAUCUUGAUCGGGUUUUUCCCUUUCAAUGCCAUUGAUUUCACCAACAGGGGUCUCUGCUUCCUCAUGCUCUUCUCUAUAACUUCACUUGUGGCCAUUGGUUUAUCUGUGGCUAGGUCCAAUGUGUUAGCCUCAUUUGGUCAAUCAUGUUGGAAAGUCUCCAUGGUUUUACCCGCGGUUCCUGUUAUGGUACUGACACUAGGGUUUCAUGUGAUCACGCCUUUCAUAUGCAAUCUCGCUGGGGAUUCGGUUUCAGAUGCUCGGAGAGCCAUUCUUGUAGGCGGUGUUGUGCCAUUGGCUAUGGUGUUGUCUUGGAAUCUAAUUGUUUUGGGGCUUGCAAGAAUCACUGUGCCUGCUGCACCUUCUUCAACCAUUGACCCAAUCUCUCUUCUUCUAUCUGUGAAUCCUUCUGCCUUAUCUGCUGUUCAAGGCUUUGCUUUCUCAGCCUUAGCUACCAGUUUAAUCGGAUAUGCUGUUAGCUUCCCGAAACAGCUCCUCGACACAUGGAAGCUUGUGUCUAAGCAAUCAAAUGGAAAUGGAAGACUUGGGUCUGUAAGUUUCUCAUCAAAAGAGCGUGAUAGGAGAACUAAUGGGAGAGCCUCAUACAAUGAACCAGCAAGAGCUCGUGAUGGGUUUGAAGCAGUAGUGAUGCUAUUUGUCCUUGGAGUUCCAGCUCUAAUUGCAACAUUCUUUCCCUCAACGUUCUCGAGAGCUCUGGAUUUUGCCGGUGUUUAUGCAAACUGUUUCCUCUUUGGUGUCCUGCCUCCUGCAAUGGCUUAUAUUCAACAGUCCAGAAAGAAGCUCAGGCCAUGGGUUCUUCCCGGAGGCAACUUUACCUUGUUGAUCUUAUUUGCAAUCGCCAUUAUUCUGGGAAUAUGGCAUUAGAUCACCAUCAAAUACAAAUGUUUUGUUUGUAUCAUGAUUCUGCGAAGACAUGCCAUAAUCUGACCGUGCUAACCAGACGCUAGGGAAGCAAAAAGACCCCACUGG